AUGAGUACCCUCCAGGGUCCCUCUUCUUCAAAUCGCAUUCGACCAUCGUCAGACUUCUACGGCCAGUCCCAGCAAGCCCAUGGUCAAGCGAACCUGGACCAUGACGCACAGGAUAAGAUUGCCCAGCAAUGGAUCGCCGACAUCGAUCAGUAUGAGACGACCUUGGAGGAAAUGGCUGCAGCAACCCUGGACCAAGACUUCAAGGAUGAACUUAGUGCCAUCGAACAAUGGUUCCGCGUUUUGAGCGAGGCCGAGCGCACGGCUGCCCUUUACGCUCUUCUGCAGCAGACCACCCAGGUCCAGAUCCGAUUCUUCAUACAGGUUCUGCAGCAAAUGGGCAAAAACCACCCCAUGUCAGGUGUUUUGUCGCCCGCAAACUUCGAUAAAGAUCCAAUGUCGAACCGCCUCAACGAUGCAAUGAACAAGCUGAAUCGCCACUCGGGAUUGGAUCCGUCAACCAUCACUGCCAUGUUCCCAGAUGCCGCAGCGGCGAUUGCCACGGAAAAGGCAAAGUUCACACAGCAGACGGGCAACUCACCCGCCUCGAACCGGAACAGCGUGGCCAUCGAUUCGCGAGCCCCAAUCGCCGCCCCUGGUAUCUCUGGUCCUCAAGAACCUCGAGAAGGCACCGUUGCGAGUUCCACAUCGCCGUGGGGAUCUGGCGGCGGCGGUGAUCAGGUCAAUAACAAGGUUUCUACUUCGCAGAUGGGCAGCUCGGCCAUUCAAAACACCACAGUUGGCAAUUGGGCGUCCAUGGUGAACACACCAAUGGCGCCUUCCUUCAACACGAGCAGCUCCAGCGGCAACCAGGCCGACAUGGUUGCUAAUGCAACCGCAAUGAAACUCGCGGCGCUGUCGACGGUUAACAACCGCUUCGCGCUGGAUGAUAACAUCAAUAUGCCAGGCGCCAACGUGGUCAUGAUCAACGAGCAUGGGCAGGUUCUAAGCCGUGAACAAGUCUUGGCAAUGCAGGCGCAGCAAGGCCUCGGGAUGGGCGCGCUGCCGCAUUUCACGUCACCUCGGCACAACGGUUUCCUCAGCGCCUACGACGGCCCAUCGGCAUUGAUAAACAAUAGCAUGCCUUCCGUCAACCUGGGCCAGCUAGGAGUCGGGGGUCAUGAAGGCUAUCUCUCGGACCACUCUGACAUGGUGCGAGGACGCUCGCCAAGGGGCCGAAGGGGUAGCUCCAAGCCACCCGAGGACCCGACCGAUCCGACCCUGCUCCAGGACAUACCCAGCUGGCUCCGAAGUCUGCGAUUACACAAGUAUACAGAGAAUUUGAAGGACAUGAAGUGGACUGAGCUUGUCGAGCUGGAUGAUAAGGCGCUCGAGGAACGCGGGGUUAAUGCUCUCGGCGCCCGCAGGAAGAUGUUGAAGGUAUUCGAGCAAGUCAAAGAUGCCAAAGCGGAGGGCAAGCUAGGAUAG